AUGGCACCAAAGAACAUCACAGGAGUUUCAGAAUUUCUUCUUCUCGGAUUCUCAGAGGAACAAGAACUACAGCCCUUCAUAUUUGGACUUUUCCUCUCCAUGUACCUGAUAAAUGUGUUUGGAAACCUCCUCAUCAUCCUGGCUGUCUCAAACCCCCACCUCCACACCCCCAUGUACUUCUUCCUCUCCAACCUGUCCUUUGUAGACAUCUGCUUCACCUCCACCACCAUCCCAAAGAUGCUGUGGAACAUCCAGACACAGAGCAAAGUUAUCACCUAUGAAGGCUGCAUCACCCAGAUGUACUUUUUCACACUGUUUGCAGGGUUGGACGACUUACUCCUGACUGUGAUGGCCUAUGACCGCUUUGUGGCCAUCUGUCACCCCCUGCACUACACAGUCAUCAUGAACCCCCAGAUCUGUGGGAUUCUGGUUCUGGUUAGCUGGGCCAUCAGUGUCCUUCAUUCCUUGUUACAAACCUUAAUGGUGUUGAGACUGUCCUUCUGUGGAGAGCUGGAAAUCCCUCACUAUUUCUGUGAACUCAACCAGAUGGUCCAACUUGCCUGUUCUGAUAACUUUCUUAAUGACAUGGUGAUGUAUUUGGCAGCUGGGCUGCUGGCUGGUGCUCCCCUGUCUGGGAUACUUUACUCUUACUCUAAGAUAGUUUCCUCCAUAUGUGGAAUCUCAUCAGCUCAGGGAAAGCUUAAAGGCUUUUCCACCUGUGUGUCUCAUCUCUCAGUUGUCUUCUUGUUUUAUUGUACAAGCUUAGGAGUGUACCUUAGCUCUUCGGCUACCCAGAGCUCACACUCAAGUGAAAUUGCCUCGGUGAUGUACACUGUGGUCACACCAAUGCUGAACCCUUUCAUCUACAGUCUGAGGAACAAAGACAUAAAGAGGGUUCUGCAAGCAUUCUUCAGAAAGGCAGCUAUAAAUAGGCCAUUUGUCUUCAGCUGA